CAGGGUUAUGGACGAGCUCAUUCAGGGAGGCGGAGCUUACCAAGUCAUAAGCCAUGAUAUCCAUUACAACCAUACCAUGCUCUGAGUGACAAGGAUAGAUGGCACGGCGGCAUCUUCAAAGGAUGCCGAGCAUUCAACCCACUUCAAAGCAAUGGUGCGGCGGUUUGUGUCCAGGCGCGGAGCGAUAUAAACCUGAGCGUUAAAGUUGUCCCUAUCAAUCAGGGUCAUUAACAUCCGAUCUCUCGAAGAGCAAAGACCGUGGAAAGCUUAGCUGUGUAGGACUAUCAAAGUGUUGUUGAAGUGGAUGUGUUUGUUAACUUGUUCAAAGGACGCAAUAUAUCGUGUGUAUUAAGCGGAUUGAUUUCAUUCAACUCGUAGUGUGCCACUUUGAGAAUUAGAUCAGUUUACAAUCAGUCGCACAGCGGUGCUCAAUAAUGGUACCGAAUGCUGUCCAAAGGAAUACGUGUUUGCCUUUGUAACGGAUACGCUCUCCGAACGGUGUAGAGGGACAGUGUGCGUGUGGCAGGAGAGGCCACUCGGUGAGUGGUGAUGAUGCUUCGAUUUGCGUUAUUGGUGCUACUGGUGUCCGGUGGUUGGUGUCUCCGGGACGCCAUCAACUUGGAUGGAGGAGGGAAAUGUGAACCCAUCACAAUUCCCAUGUGUCAGGACAUGAAGUACAACACGACACGAAUGCCUAACCUCAUCGGGCAUAAAAACCAAAAGGAGGCCGCGGUAACUAUAAACGAGUUCAUGCCACUUGUCCAAAUUGGCUGUUCUCGGUUGCUGAAGUUCUUCCUCUGUUCUCUUUACGCCCCGAUGUGCACGGAACAAGUUGAUGACACUUUGGUUAUCCCCGUGUGUAGGUCGAUGUGUCUUGAAGUCAAGUCAAAUUGUGAACCUGUCCUGGUCAAGUUUGACUUCCCCUGGCCAAUGAUGUUGGAUUGCGGGAAGCUCCCCGAGGGGAAAGACCCGAGACAACUUUGCAUGGAAGCGCCAAGUGAUGAACAGGACUCGGGACGCGGUCUCGGUGAGGACACAAAUUUGGAUCCGUACAGUAGCGAGUGGUGGAAACUGCUAGAAAGCCUCAAGCGUGAAGAUAACUCUAACCUUUACCGAAACCCUAGGCCGUAUGAUAAGCCAACAAACAAGCCCUGGUACACCCAUGAACCGAACGAGUGUCCGGAUCGUUUUACGAGAGUUGACAAAUCUCUAGGCAACAGUAACGAAUCCUGCGCGCCAAAAUGCAAUGUUGAUGUGAUAUUCCGAAGCGACGAUAAAAAAUUCGCAGAGAUUUGGAUGACAGUUUGGGCAACUCUCUGCUUCGUCGCCACCACAAUAACUGUCUUAACUUUUCUCAUUGACACUUCCCGUUUUAAAUACCCAGAGCGACCCAUUAUCUUCCUGUCAAUGUGCUAUGCCAUCUAUUCUGCGGCUUAUCUCCUCAGGGCAGCCACAGGACCUAAUGCAAUCUCUUGUGACAAAGCUAGAAACGGAGAGGAAUUUCUUAUCCAGGAAGGAUUAGAAAGUACCUGGUGUAUCAUAGUCUUUUUAAUAUUAUAUUUCUUCGGAAUGGCCAGUUCGUUGUGGUGGGUCGUUUUAACUUUUACUUGGUUCCUUGCUGCUGCCAGAAAGUGGGGCCAAGAAGCCAUCGAGUCACUCAGUAGUUACUUCCAUUUGGCCGCCUGGGCCGUUCCUGCCAUAAAAACUAUAGUCAUCCUCACCAUGCGGCGGGUUGACGGUGACGAACUCACUGGACUUUGCUAUGUGGGCAACCAAGACCCUAACGCGAUGGCGGGCUUCGUUCUCGGUCCCCUGGUCGCCUAUCUGAUAUUGGGAACAGUAUUUGUACUAGCGGGAUUCUGUGCCUUAUUCCGCAUCAGGAAGAACUUAAAAAGUGAAGGAACCAAUAUAAGAAAGUUAGAAAAACUCAUGGCUAAAAUAGGUGUGUUUUCUGUGCUAUAUACGUUACCCGCAGUUUGUGUGGUGGGGUGCUAUUUUUACAAGUAUCUUCACCUCAACUAUUGGGAAAGCCUAGCCAUGACGUAUGACUGCCGGGCAAGAGGUAAAAAUGUGGACCCUUGCUCCUUGGAGGAGUCUAUACCGAAGGUUGAAGUGUUCAUGCUGCAGAUCUUUAUGUCUCUUGUUGUUGGCAUUACUAGUGGAAUGUGGAUUUGGAGUUCUAAAACUGUCGAAUCAUGGCGGAAUUUCUUCCAGCGCAGCUUCACGAGGAGAAAAUCGAAUGUGCCCACUUAUCAUCCUCCCACCGUUGGAGGGAAUUGCCCGCAACAGAACAGGAAACUCAUGUUGAAAACUGCUACAUCUCGGGUGUGACAAUGGAAGCACUCGAGAGAACAAAAACUGGAUUUUCUGAGACUUUUUGGUCUUUGGGCCUAUUUUAUAUGUUGCAUUACUGGAUUGAUACGAGUGCAUGACUGCUUAUAAAGAUACCUGUGAAAUACAUACUGUGCAACUCUUGUCAAAAAGUCAGGAAUACAAACAAUGACAACGAGCUACACGUGUACAUAUUGCAUAUCCAUCAGGAACUAUCACGGCUUUAGGGUGCAUCACCCAAGCAUGAUAACAACAGAUCGAGAGUGAUGGCACCAAAAAGUUGCGAUAGAUCUUGACUGAUGUUAGAUAAUGCCAUUCUUUGGCGCCGUUCAUUUGGAUUUAUUCAUUCAGUUCAUUGCAUAAAGGAUUAUCAUUACACUACGAGGAAUUUAGAAGGGUUCCUAAAGAAUUUCUUCCACAGAUUGUUGCAUUUACCGUUGCCAUAUGCAUAUAACACGUACCUUCACCAAAAGCGUAACUUGCACCGAUACUCCUAUACAUGUAAUGGCUGAGAGUGAUGUUUGUCAAAGUCUAUAUUAACGACCCGGGACUUGUACAUUGACAUGGUGUUUUUGAGAUUUAGUAUUUCAUGACAGACUUCACUCUCAGGCUAAUGGGUUUUCAUUCUAUUUUCCAAACUGUCAUUAUUACGAUCAGUGGUUGAUAACCAGAACGUUACGUCUUCACGUCUUCAUGAUUGUCGCGUAAGGAAUCUUGCUGUCCUUCUGAAAUGUAAAGAAACCUUAAUGAUCAUCUCAAAGCCUGAAGGCUUGGGACUUUUGAAUGCCCGAUGGAAUGGUGCUGAUAAAAAUAUUAACAAACUAUGCAAGAUGUAGUUAAGUCAUUUUGAAAAGAUAUCAACUGUCAGAAAGUUUGUUCCAAACCAAGCCAUGAUAAACCUUGUUCAUAGUAUUCUCUGACCUGUAAAUUGUCAACAACCAAUCAUAGGUUUGUCAAUGCGCUAAGUGAUGUUUAUCUGUACAUUUCUGUACAUUAUCUGCCUAUUUGAAGAAUAAUUCUAUUCAUUAUCGAAUAAUGGUAUUAUUAACUUGGCCAUUGAUAUCUUUGCAAUGGCCUUGGUAUUGUUGAAAUAUCACCCUGUUGAAAGGGUUAACAACUUUUGUGAAAAUUGUACAUAACGGUCCCAGCAAUGCAUCCUGAGAUACUCCUACAUCGUCGAGAUGCGGAGUAUAUUAAAAACCACUCGUUAUGCCGGAUGCAGCAAGGUGUAUGCUGUCACCGAAUCAGUUGAAGAGAACAAUGAUCUUUUGUCAAAGUUUGCUGGUGAUUUUUUGAAAACUCUUCCUGCUUGUUGGGACAUUUUUCAAGUUCCUGCGGCUUUUAUAAGUAAGAAGAUUGCAUAUACCAAAACAGGAAAGGUAUUUUAAACAAAAGUUAUUAUCGCUUGCGGUGGGGUAAGAACAAGAAUUCGUCUGAAAAGUGACCCUCCUGAAUGACGAGAUAUCUUGUGGCUUAUAAUGAAAUAAAUAGACGCGAGUCGAGAAUUCAAUUUAAAAAUCAGUCUGAUUUUCCAUUAUUUGGUAUUGGUAAGAGUUUCUGCAAGAAUUGAUGAAAACUAAAUUGUUCUUGUUGUGCAUUUCAACGAUCCAGCAGUUCAGCAUACGUAGUCACGGAUUCCGGCACUUUCAACAAAGGUACCUUGCCAAAGGUUUGAUAUUGUUUGAAGACCGUGCCCAAGGCGCCGCCGUUAUCUUGGCAAUUUCUCUUUUGAAGUCGUGCGUCCAUUUCCUUUGAUUGAUCACCUUGUUUACUUGCAAACAUACCCGGAUGCUCUGUCGUCUGCUCGUGAGUGAGUGAAAAUGUAAGUUAUCACAGAAAUGUACACUUGCAAAAUGCAUACAACAUUUACAUACACGUAACAUUUACGACCCAUUAACUGAAAGGAAGAAAACGUAAACUAUUAAAUAAACCUCGCAUUCCUGCUCCUUUCACGCAGGUCUACGUUUGUACGGGUUUGAACUAUCAUUGGGCCGGAUAUGGCUUUCCAACUGACAGUUAAAGGAUAUUUUACGACCUUGGUUGGCAGUGCACCUUUAUUAACUGUUGAUUUAUCAUUGGAUUAUCAGUUAUAAUGCAUCGCUGUUGCUGUACAAUCUUGCAAGAUUCCUACAGGCCAUUCUGCUUGCUGCUUCCAAAACAGGGACGUGAACUUUUGAUGAUCUCUUUCGAGUGAUUUAUUACGACAUUCAAGUCCACGAGUCAUCGGUUGGAAUUGCUCAUAAGCCGUUAGUUAUCAUAAUGGAUUCUUCAUUUCGAAUGUAUCGUCAGUCUUUUGGUCCUAGAGCUCGAAUAAACCAUCAAAAUGGUGAUUUCACUGGACUAUGGUUGGUAAGGUGUAUCUGCCGUGCAGAUAGACACUUUACAUGGUUGAUAGAGAAAGGUCAGAACUCUUCCCAUCCGCCUCAAGCCAUUAUCUUUCAUUACCAUCGAACUGAUAAGUUACUUCAACCUUCCUUGCACCUUCCUUGCAUCUGUGAUGGCUAUCAUCAACAGUGAGCUCCAGAUCCAAACACAAGUUGUGUUAAUGAUGCUCUUUCACGGGUGGUGUUCAUUUUCAUCUUCAUGCUUGUGUACUUCAAACUCCUUGUAACCUCAACAUCAAAGCAACGCCAAUAGUUUAAUUCAAGAUUAUUUAUCAUUAA